CAAACGAGAAAAACUUUUUUUUUCCAUUUUAUUUUACCGAUGAAGAUGAGCGUCUCAACUGCAAAACGCGGGCGGCGGCCUAUUUAAGCUAUUCGGGCACGAUUUGCUGCUUGCUCUUCCGAUCCUCAUCGCUCAUCCUUCACCUACGCUCUACGACCUUUCACAAUGGCUGGACACUACACCCUCACCAAAGUUCCUUCUGGAGUAUAUCCCUUGUUUGCCAUCAUGGCAUUCGCUGUCGGUGGUGCCACUUACUUUGUAGCGCACAAGACCGCAGGACCAGACUGCGUGUGGUCCAGAAAGAGCAACCCCCAACCCUGGAACACCGUCCAAGCGAACCAGACCACAAAGAUCUACGACCCCUCUGGAAAGUUUGACAAGUGGAGCCGAUUCUCUGCGUCUGCUUAAAUUCUCUACAAGUAUAUGGUUGGCCGUGACCAUGCACUUCUCCCCUUUUCGAUUCCCAGGCUAUCGUAGCCAUGGACUUCUGCAGUUUAGAUUUGUUACAAGUUGACUUGUUUCCUCCAUAAACGGCUUUUUUAUUUGAAAAUAUAUUAUUGAGAUUUUGUGUAUGUGA